AUGGCUCCAGCUGUUUCAUAUCACGGUGGCAACCACACACAGAUGACUCUGGGAACAAUUCCACUCUCAAUCCCAAAGGCACAAAUUGCACAGGGCAAAUUGAAUGACAACCCAGCUUGUUUCAGAAAAGCUAAACCAACUACUUGCGUGGAUGAAUCAACCGACCAAGAUUACCAAACAAUGUUUUGGAGACGCCAGGGGAAGAGUUACAAUGCCCUUGAGGUAUUUCUGCAUUCGUUUGUGGUGUGA